AAGAACUAGUGCUCCACCAAUCGGAGGCCGCUGACUCCGACCUCGCCUCGGGCCGGCCCAAUCCAGGCCGCGGCCCCUCCGCUCCGAGCCCGCCCCCGCGGCGUCCUCUCUCCUCCCUCUUUGUGCGUCUGGCGCCGCCGCCCGCCGCGUGAGAGGACGGGCUCCCCGCGCUCUUCGGCAGCGUAGUCCGGUCCCCUCCCCCCCACUUCCCGGAAGGUUCGUGAAGGAGAAGCCGCCGCGGAGGACGAGGAUCCGCUCCUGCCGGUCCCCUGGGGCGCCAUGGCGACCGGAGCGAACGCCACGCCGCUGGACUUCCCAAGUAAGAAGAGGAAGAGGAGCCGAUGGAACCAAGACACAAUGGAACAGAAGACAGUGAUUCCAGGCAUGCCUACAGUCAUCCCCCCUGGCCUGACUCGGGAACAAGAAAGAGCUUAUAUAGUGCAACUACAGAUAGAAGACCUGACUCGUAAACUGCGCACAGGAGACCUGGGCAUCCCCCCUAACCCUGAGGACAGGUCCCCUUCCCCUGAACCAAUCUACAACAGCGAGGGGAAGCGGCUUAACACUCGAGAGUUCCGUACCCGCAAAAAGCUUGAAGAGGAGCGGCACACCCUCAUUACGGAGAUGGUUGCUCUCAACCCAGACUUUAAACCACCUGCAGAUUACAAGCCUCCAGCAACACGUGUGAGUGAUAAAGUAAUGAUUCCCCAAGACGAAUAUCCAGAAAUCAAUUUUGUGGGGCUCCUAAUUGGGCCGAGAGGGAACACCCUGAAGAACAUUGAGAAGGAAUGCAACGCCAAGAUCAUGAUACGGGGGAAAGGAUCAGUGAAAGAAGGGAAAGUUGGACGUAAAGAUGGACAGAUGCUGCCAGGGGAAGAUGAGCCUCUUCAUGCUCUAGUCACUGCCAAUACAAUGGAGAAUGUCAAAAAGGCAGUAGAACAGAUCAGAAACAUCCUGAAGCAGGGUAUUGAGACCCCAGAGGACCAGAAUGACCUACGGAAAAUGCAGCUUCGAGAGUUGGCUCGCUUGAAUGGCACUCUACGGGAAGAUGAUAAUAGGAUCUUAAGACCCUGGCAGAGCUCCGAGACACGCAGCAUUACCAAUACUACUGUGUGUACCAAGUGUGGAGGGGCUGGUCACAUUGCUUCUGAUUGCAAAUUUCAGAGGCCUGGUGACCCUCAAUCAGCUCAGGAUAAAGCACGGAUGGAUAAAGAAUAUUUGUCCCUUAUGGCUGAGCUAGGGGAAGCUCCUGUCCCUGCAUCUGUAGGCUCCACCUCAGGGCCUGCCACCACACCUCUGGCCAGCGCACCAAGACCUGCUGCUCCUGCCAGCAACCCACCACCACCGUCUCUCAUGUCUACAACUCAGAGUCGGCCACCCUGGAUGAAUUCUGGUCCUUCAGAGAAUCGGCCCUACCAUGGCAUGCAUGGAGGUGGUCCUGGUGGGCCUGGAGGUGGCCCCCACAGCUUCCCACACCCAUUACCCAGCCUGACAGGUGGGCAUGGUGGCCAUCCCAUGCAGCACAACCCAAAUGGACCACCACCACCUUGGAUGCAGCCACCACCACCACCAAUGAACCAGGGCCCCCACCCACCUGGGCACCAUGGCCCUCCUCCAAUGGAUCAGUACCUGGGAAGUACGCCUGUGGGCUCUGGGGUCUAUCGCCUGCAUCAAGGAAAAGGUAUGAUGCCGCCGCCGCCUAUGGGCAUGAUGCCGCCGCCUCCGCCACCUCCCAGUGGGCAGCCCCCGCCUCCUCCCUCUGGUCCUCUUCCUCCAUGGCAGCAGCAGCAGCAGCAGCCUCCACCACCCCCUCCGCCCAGCAGCAGUAUGGCUUCCAGCACCCCCUUGCCAUGGCAGCAAAAUACGACGACUACCACCACGAGCGCUGGCACAGGGUCCAUCCCGCCAUGGCAACAGCAGCAGGCGGCUGCCGCAGCUUCUCCAGGAACCCCUCAGAUGCAAGGCAACCCCACUAUGGUGCCCCUGCCCCCCGGGGUCCAGCCGCCUCUGCCGCCCGGGGCCCCUCCCCCUCCGCCGCCUCCGCCACCUGGUUCCGCCGGCAUGAUGAUCCCUCCCCGCGGCAGCGAUGGCCCGAGCCAUGAGAGUGAGGACUUUCCGCGCCCAUUGGUGACCCUUCCAGGCAGACAGCCUCAGCAGCGCCCCUGGUGGACAGGAUGGUUCGGCAAAGCAGCCUGAGUUAUUUUUGUGGACGGAAUCGGAACACGCUGGCUCCAUAUCGUGAAAUUUUUAUUAAUUUUUAUCUUUUUUCCUUUGUUAUUUCCUUAUCUUUUCCUUUCUUCAGACUCCGUCCAAGGAGAUGCUCUCCCCGGUCUUCUGCUGCAGAUAGGAUCCUUCCCCUUGUCUCCAUACUUCUCCUCCCAAGAGGAGAGGGGCAAAUGGUUUAGGCACAGACUUUGACUAUUAAUGUCAGGCUUGGUGGUGGUGGUGGUGGGGGGGUCCUAUGGUUCUACUUGUUGAAGGGCCUCAGCCACACUCAAAGAUAGGUGGUUUAUCUUUGACAUCUUUUAAAGAGUCUUGAUAAUUCUGACAUUGCUUGAUGGAUUAAUCUGGCAGUGCGAUUCACAUCUUCCUGCACUCCUGCCAGCAGUACGAGCACAGCCCAAGCCACCAUAGGCCAACCUGGAGUCUUUUCCAUGCUCUGAUCACCCAAGCUGCCUCAGAACCCAUUUGCUUCUCUCCUUCCUGGAAAGCUUCCCUUUAUGUUUUGUUUUUUUCUUUUUCUUUUUCUUUUUCUUUUUUUGACCCCAGACGUCCAGAUGUUUUGCAGUGUCUGGGACUUGUGCCCCUCGUUCUUCGUUCUGCUUCUUUGCCCCUUCCCUCUUCAUGGAGUGAUUAUGUUGACAAUAAUGUGUAAUGCGCGUUCUUUUCACUGGUUUAUCUACAGAAAUUUCUCUGGGCCUUUUUUCUGUGUUUGAUUCAACACUGCACUAAGGGGGGAAUGUUCCAUUGAAUAAAAGAGCAGUGUGGUUUU